UCAAAAAAUAAAGUUGAGGAUGUUGCUUAGUGGUACAGCACUUGCCUAGUAUGUGCAAGGCUCGGGUUUAUUCCCCAGUACCAUAACAAAAGAAAAAUAGGAAAAUAGCUUUAUUUCAUCCUUCAGAACCGAAAUCAAAGGUGUGAUAAAAAAAUUACCAUUAAUUAAACACUCUCUACUUGAGACCUCUCCAACAUCUACAGUAAACCAGAUGUUGAAGUCCUUUUUGUGGCUUGUAAGAUUUGGUAUGCACAAUUAUUUUGCAGCACUUCCCAAACCCUAACUUUUUUUUAAAGCUUAACAUACAACCUAGUCAAUGAGAUGAAACCAACUUUAGAGUUGCUUGAGUCUUGGUACUGCUGUUCAUGAUAACUGGCAGCACUUUCUUCAUAGGGUUUACGCCCCUUCUAAAAACAUCCACACUCCUGUAGGAGAGAAGUCUCCACAGAGGGGUAUUUUUUAAGAUUAGAACUGGUACCUGUAGUGAGGCUAGACAGGCAGACCAGCUCCGGCCCCUGUUCAGGAACUGUCACACCUGUGGAAGCCAUGCGCAAUCCAAGGUCAGGAGAAGCUGAGGCCCUGGAAGAACCACUGUAAAGUAUCGGUCUACAAUGGACAGGAAUUUAAACAAAAUGGUCCUACAUCACAUAGAUUGGGGCUGCAAACAGCCUUAUUGCUUAUUGUAGGGCCACUUCCUUGGCCCUUUUCUGCUCUUGGGUCCCUAUUGUUCCCAUGCAAGUAAACCCCUGAUGAGAUGCAGGUGGAAGACCCCCUCCACAGGUGGCAGGUGAUGUCUCACCAAGAGGUCUCGGCGGUGGAACAGCCAGUUGCAAGGGAGGCCUGAAGGACAGGGAUCCCCAGUUCUAAAGCAGCCUUUAGCCCCCAGUCACUGAGGUUUACCAUUACGGCCCAUUAGGGUGGGACUGGGUGGAGCUGGUUCAGAAAAACAUUUCCUUAGGCAGGAUAAAAAUCUGAACCCAAGUUGGAACAGCGUGCCUGGCUCAGAAUUUUCCCCUCUGCAAGUGCAAAGCGCAAAAAGCAGUUUCUAAUCCUUGACAAGAGGGAGACCCCGUUCAUUUUACAGAGAAGGAAAAUGGGUCCAGAAAGGCGCAGCGUGACUGGAUUAGAACUCCGUCCGUAGCCCGCCCUUCCUAAGCUGCCCACCGGAGCCCGCAGCACCCUAGGCCACCCGAGGCCCUCCUCCGCGGCGGGGUCUGAGAUGUCUCGCACCUGCGACUUGAGAUGGCUGAGGGCCCCCAGGUGGGGUGGGCCUGGGCCCCGGCGAUUGGCUCGCUGGCCCGGGGGUGGGGGCGGUAAAGGGAAGGGGCGGCCGAGCGCGCAGGAGGGAUAGUCCUGGGCCGCCGCAGGCUAGGUCCCUGCCUGCGCAGCGCGGGCCUCGCGGUGACCCGCUUCUCGUCUCCCCCGCACCCGGCUCGGUCCACCAUGAACGCCGGCGGUCAGGGCUACCCGCUGGCCUCGCUCUACGUGGGCGACCUGCACCCAGACGUGAACGAGGCCAUGCUCUAUGAGACGUUCUCGCCCGCCGGCCCCAUCCUGUCCAUCCGCGUGUGCCGCGACGUGGCCACCAGGCGCUCGCUGGGCUACGCCUACAUCAACUUCCAGCAGCCGGCCGAUGCCGAGCGGGCACUGGACACAAUGAACUUUGAGUUGAUCAAAGGCCAACCCAUCCGCAUCAUGUGGUCACAGAGAGACCCAGGACUUCGCAGAUCAGGUGUGGGCAACAUCUUCAUCAAGAACCUGGAGGACUCCAUCGACAAUAAGGCUUUAUAUGAUACCUUCUCCACCUUUGGGAACAUCCUCUCUUGCAAGGUGGUAUGUGAUGAGCACGGCUCUCGGGGCUUCGGCUUUGUGCAUUUUGAGACCCAUGAGGCUGCGCAGCAGGCCAUCAGCACCAUGAACGGGAUGCUGCUGAAUGACCGCAAAGUCUUUGUUGGCCACUUCAAGUCUCGAAGAGAGCGGGAGGCCGAGCUGGGCGCCCGGGCCCUGGAGUUCACCAACAUCUAUGUGAAGAACCUGCACGUGGACACAGACGAGCAGGCCCUGCAGGACCUCUUCUCCCAGUUUGGAAAGAUGCUGAGUGUGAAGGUGAUGAGGGACAACAGCGGCCACUCCCGGGGCUUCGGCUUUGUCAACUUUGAAAAGCAUGAGGAAGCCCAAAAGGCUGUGGACCAAAUGAAUGGGAAGGAGGUGAGCGGGCUGCUGCUGUAUGUGGGCCGAGCCCAGAAGCGGGCAGAGCGGCAAAAUGAGCUGAAGCGCAGGUUCGAACAAAUGAAGCAGGACAGGCAGACCCGCUACCAGGGCGUGAACCUGUAUGUGAAGAAUCUGGAUGACUCCAUCGAUGAUGAGAGACUGAGGAAAGUGUUCUCUCCCUACGGAGUGAUUACCAGUGCCAAGGUGAUGACAGAGGGUGGCCACAGCAAGGGGUUUGGCUUUGUGUGUUUUUCCUCUCCAGAAGAGGCAACCAAAGCUGUGACAGAGAUGAAUGGGCGCAUCGUGGGCACCAAGCCUCUGUACGUGGCAUUGGCCCAGCGCAAAGAGGAGCGGAAGGCCAUCUUGACCAACCAGUACAUGCAGCGCCUCUCCACGGUGCGGGCCCUGGGCCGCCCCCUCUUGGGCUCCUUCCAGCAGCCCUCCAGCUACUUCCUGCCCGCUCUGCCCCAGCCUCCGGCCCAGGCUGCGUACUGUGCCUCUGGCUCCAUGGCCUCCAUCCAGCCUGCCCCCAGGUGGACAGCCCAGCCACAUAGACCUUCAUCCGUCUGUCCUCCAGCUGCUGCAAUGGUCCGGCCAACAGGCAUGUCUCGGCACCCCCGGGCCCAAGCUGGCAGUGUCAGUCAGGCCUCCACCCAGGAGCUCCACCCGGUGCACCACACCCAGAGAGUGGCCAACAUUGGUACCCAGACGAUAGGACCCAGUGGGGCGGGAUGCUCUACACCAGGCCGGCCUCUCCCGCAAUACAAAUGUCCCUCAACUGUACACAGUACCCGUGGGGUCCAGGAGCCUGCUGUGCACGUGCCUGGCCAGGAGCCCCUGACCGCAUCCAUGCUGGCUGCAGCACCCCUGCAUGAGCAAAAGCAGAUGAUUGGGGAACGUCUUUACCCGCUUGUCCAUAACGUACACAACCAGCUGGCCGGCAAGAUCACAGGCAUGCUGCUGGAGAUCGACAACUCGGAGCUGCUGCUCAUGCUGGAGUCUCCAGAGUCCCUCCACGCCAAGGUAGGUAGAGCCUGGUCAGCAAGACAGCCAAGGACAAGGCCUGUCCCAGCUAUGAGGCCAGAAGAAGUGGAUCUUCUUGCUCACACUCCUUGAAGGCCUGCUGAAUGUUGGUGUGGGAGAGGGCUUCCCCCCAUCUUUGGUACUGGGGAUUGAACCCAGGGGUGCUUUCCCACCAAGCCACAUCCCCAGCCCUUUAUAUUUUAUUUGGAGACAGGGUGUCUCGCUAAGUUGCUUAGGGCCUCACUAAGUUGCCAAGGCUGGCUUUGAUCUUGUAAUCCUCCUGUCUCGGCCUCCCAAGUUGUUGGGAUUUCAGGCAUGCAUCACCACACCUGUGGGAGAGGGCCUUAAUUGAGGGUGUGCUACUUGAGGUUUUGGUAUAAGGAACUAUAUUCUGACUCAGUAUAAGGGUUUUUUCCAGUGUCCAGCAGUGUACCUCUAUCUCGACAAGGUGACCACGGGGCAAGGGAUCUUGCAAGCAGCAGUGGAUGAGAGGUUCACAGACUCUUUAUCAUGCUGAGGUGGGGGAGGCCAAGGCCCUUUUGAGAUCCUUCUGAGAAGCUGUGUUAAGCCCCUUCUACUUGUGUCUCGCAGAUAGAAGAGGCUGUGGCAGUGCUGCAGGCACACCAGGCCAUGGAGCAGCCAAAGGCAUACAUGCACUGAAAUCAGGUGGGUGGCUGUGCAGGGAGGACAGGGAUACAGCAGCUGAGUUCAGAAGCAGCUGUGGACAACUGGAACUCAGGCUGCCUCUCAGAAACUGAGAGCCGUGUUAUGUUGUUGGCUUUGAGGCAUCGAGGAGGCUGAGGAAUCAUGAAGAGUCAGGGAGGUGCUCUUGUAGCAACUGCCCUACUGGCCUCAUGCAGAAUGGUCUGGGCUUCCCCUGGACACUGGCUGGCUCCAUCAGCUGAAUACUGGAUGUCUGCUAUCCUGUAGCAAUGAUUUUUUUCCCCCUUUCAUUCCCAGAAAAUGGAUUCCUUAUUCCUGUGGCUGUCAAGAGAAACAGGAUCUGCUCUCAGCUCUGAGGCCCUGUGAACUAUAACUUAUUUCCCAACUGGACUGAAUCUUUACUUGAGCCCUAUAUAUGGAAUGAAGGCUGUCACCAAGUCAGCCAUUUCCCUUUUGUUUUGUGCAUUAAAAGUGCUGCAAAAUCUGGCCUCUUAGGAGGCUUUCUUGAGCCUGAGGGAGUUGGGGGCAAAGAAAAGAGCAGACUUGACUGGGGCUUUGACGUAAGAAAUAGAACCCCCAAAAGCACUAACGUACACAGGGUGCAUACACUAGAACCGAACUGUCAGGAACUGAGUUAGGCUACUUGUAGUAGCUCCAAAUUAGAAAUGACUAGCCCAUCAGGAGUGCAGUGGAUGGUUAAAUGGGUAUCAUACAAUGGACUGAGAAAGUGGGAAAAAGCUACAGUGAUGUGUGGCAUUUCUGGACCCCUGGCUUGAGCAAACAGCUGGCAAACACCUGAGAAGCAAGAAAUUGCUUCCAGGCCCUGGGCUGCUGGAGGAGUUGUGUAAUUAAAUGUAGGAAUGUUAGGAUGCCUUCCCAGAUUGUGGUCUCCUUCCCCUGCAGGAAACUGAAAAGUCUCUGAAGAAGGUUCUUUGGGAUAAUUAGUCCUCACCUCCCAUCAGGGAUGUAGACCCCAGUUUUAUGACCUCCCCUGUAUCAGGGCAGCCAAAGGAUAAGGGCAAGGAUCACAACCCAGCACAUGAGUACUGCCAUAAGUUCCCCAGCAAUACAUCCAACUGAGUCUUCAAGGUUGUACUGAUAUUCUGUCUUAAUUCCUCUCUCUGUUCUCUAUAAAUGUUCUAUUUUUGGAGAUGAGACCUAAUUUGCCCAAUACUGGCUUCAAACUUGUGAUCCUUCUGUUUCUGCCUCCUGCAUAGCUCAAACUAUAUGCCACCACACCUGACUCACAAAUGCUAUUUCAAACUUUCUCCACUCCUCAAGCUUCUGGCCCCAUAUCCUCUGUGCAGAUUUUAUCUUCUCUUCAAAUGCUGAAUGCUAGAAUUUCUUCAGGCCCUUCUCCUCUUCGGUAUCUGAUAUUGGCAUCUUCAAUUUGCACCUGCUCUAGGAUGACUCUUGGAGACUCCUGAGUUACAAGUCUCAUUUUAUCUGCCAUCAACUUUUUUUGUUUUUGGGUGCUGAGAAUUAAACCCAGGGCCUAUUACAUGCUAAGCAAGCACUCUACUACUAAGCCACAUCCCCAGCCAUCUACCAUUAACACUUCCAACUUGUCUAAAAUGAAGCUCACGAUUCGAUGUGCCUCUCCCCCAAUUCUGUGGCUCUCCCUUCCAGUGGUCCGUGUUUUAAUAGAUGGCCCCACCCUCAUUCUGUUGCAAAAGCCCCAAUCUGAGGGUUCCCCCACCCCCUGUGCCACUUCACUUUCCUGCCUCAUCUUCCACAUGAAAUCUAUUAAUUUUGACCCCCCCACUCUCAUCUUUCUACUUCUAAAUCCACUAUCCCCACCCUAGUCCAAACUCAGAUGGACUCUGGCAAUAGCCUCUCGGUGGCUUCACUACAUCUGCAAUGACCAUUCUCCCAUGUCCUCCACCACACAAUCAGAAAGCUUGCCUCAGGAUGCACAUCUUUCCUCUCACCCUGAGAAAGACCUUCAGUAGAUUCCUACUGUUUGUGCAGGGUCUCAGGUUUUGUCCUUGCGCUCUCUGGCUCCCACAUGGGAAUUGGAAGAAGACUGUCAUUCCCAUGUAAUGACCUUGUCUUAGGAUAGGGGGUAGAAUUCAUUUAUGGCUAUUAAGAUAGUAAUAUUGAUAGGUUAACAUUUCUAGGAAAGGGACAGCUAUCACAUGUAGAAAUUUUAAUCUUCAUAGCCUCUCAGGAGAUGGACGGUGAUAACUUUCAAACACAGGUGAUGACAAAGCUUACCAUGACAUUCCCUAUGUUUAUCAGGAAUUUAAGUACCAAAAAAAAAAAAGGCCCCUUCGCCUGUGAAGGCCAAGGCCUGGCUGUCUGCUUCCACUGAGUCUAGAUGUGCCUUCUAUAGCUCUAUGUGGGUUGUGAUGGGUGUUGCCACUAAAUCUGCCUCAAAUCAGUGAAGCCCCAAAAGAAAUAUUAACGGGGUGUGGCUCCCCACUCUGACAAGGUCCUCUGGCCACACCUGGGGCCUAUUGGGUGUGUCUGACUCCUACCAUGAACUUGAGUCUAGAGGUCUGAAUAUUCAGAUAGCAAAAGACUCGUGCGUGCUUAAGCGCUGCUCCUGACCUCUCUUCACAGCUCAUGUUCCUUAACACCUUUGUGAUGAGAAGUAUAAGCCAAUAAACCUUUGUUUAAUCAUAAAACUUCUGCAUCGAAGUAAAACUAAUUUAACUAGGACCACAGCCCAGGAAGGGGAGGCAGCCCUUAAUUCUGGUCAAAUUCUAAAGUUCUCCAGCCUUACUCCAGGCCAUGUUGUGUGAACCUGAGUGGUAUUUUUUAGCCCCUGUGCUUCCUCGCCACGUCCUCCCAACUAGGACUUUUACACAGGCUGUUGGGUCUCGGCACACUGCUUUCAACACCCUCCCCCCUUCACCAGUUAACCUCUCACUUUAAAACACGUUCAAGCUUUACCUCCUCAAGGGCCCUUUUCCCUCCACUGUGGGAACCUCCCUGUGGAGGCAGGUAAGGUGCUGGUGACUAUUCCAUGCUGCUGUGUAGGCUGUGGCUUUAUUGGGGGUGAUUAUCUGAUGACUUCUUGCCUUCCCACCGGACUAUCAGCCCUACAGCAGGUAGUCUAUUCUUUGUUGCCUCCCCAGCACUGCGUGCAGCACCUGGCCCAUGCAGACAUUUGAGUAAAUUUGUUCAACAAACAGAUGAAAGCACAAGAAGCAGCAGCUUCU